AUGCUUGGACUCCGUACGGCUGCGAUCUUGCUAGGCUUUCUGCCGCACCUCUACGCCACGUCCGUAUCAGAAACAGGACAGAGCCAAUUUUCUAAUAUGAGCAAACGAUCCGUCGUCUGUCUUAAAGUUGGCGCUACUGCAGUGGCAACUUGGGAAAACAGUGCCGGUCAAACUUGUUCGUUUACUGGGCUAGUUGGCAGCAACUACGGCGAAAACACGGUCAAUGGCGGAGAAUACUCUUGUAAUGGCCGCUGUGGUGCAGGAUGCAGUGGGACUGCAAUUGGGAAUGCAUACACACAAGACUGUUUCUCGCAUGACAUCUGCUCUUACUUUGAGAAUGCUAGUGGGGGAUCAAGUGAUCCUAACUGUGGUGCAGCCUAUGAUGCCGCCAUUGAUGAUACUUUGUUUGGUGUUACGUCUGGUUGCUCUCAGACUAAUCCAACUGAACAAAUUCAGAAACCUGUGUCGAGCCCUGUUUGCCAGUAA